AUGGCGCCCUCAGCCCUUCACUCCCUCCCCUCACCAACCAUAACCCUCAAGCCCAUCUUAGCAGCAUUCACACAGCCGCCAACAGUAACCCCAUCGACCCUCAUCACGACAGUCGCAAAACUCAUCCCUCGAACUGCCACGACAGUCUCCGUCUUUAUCACCCAGAGCCACCCCUCGGCCUCUGCGACGCCAGACGCACCAAAGCUCAAGGACCCAGUCUCCGGCAACCUCACUUGGACCUUCAUCGUCGUCCCCUGCGUUCCCGUCAUCGUCCUCGUCUUCUUCAUCUUCACCUGCUACCAGGAACGCCGCCGCGCCAUCAAAAACAUGAAGAAGAACCCCGACAUCGAGAUGCAGACCUUUCAUAAGUUCUGGUUCCCCUGGCGCGAGCUCGAUAAGAACGAGGUCCCCAACGAGGUAAGUAAAAGCAAAGCCAGCCCUACACCCCUUCCCCCUGGUGCCCAAGAUGGUGGUGCUGUUCCUGGCGAUGCGGCUGCUGUUGCUUCAACUUCAGCUCCAGCUACCGGCGGCAGCACAUCCCCAGGCAUCCUCAUCCUCGGAGAACACCUCCGUCGCAAGAAGCGUCGAUGGGCCGCGUGGCACCCAAGUGACGGAACCCAGAUCCCCCCCAUAACCCUCUACGAGAAUCCCCCCUCCUGGGGCCGACGACAUCUCUGGUCCGAAGUCAUGGCGUACCCAUCCCUCCUGAAUCCAGGCCUCAUCCGUCGUCGAAACAAACCCCCCACCAAGCCCGAUCCCGCCGACGAUACCUCCUCCUCUUCCUCCUACUCCUCCCCUCCGAGCCCGAACGCCUCUCCCCUGAGACUCCUCUCCCCUCGAAUCGUCGCCGCUCCCCCGCGAACCCCCGGCGGUCUACCUGUAAUCGCCGAACCAGAAUCCGGCGAAGGCGACGCCACCACCGCUGCCCCGAGGCGGCCCCGAUUCGCAGAACCCACCACCCGAAUCGCCGAACCCGAACGCGAACCCGGUCCAGGACGAGAUACUAACCCACACCCAUCCCAGAUCUACGGAAGAAGCGGCCGCCGUCGCCACUGGGGCCACGAGGAUGACCAUCCCCGUGAGGGCCAGAGCUCCAGCUCCAGCCUGAGCCAGGCAGACGCGUCAGAUGAAGGGGACAAUCGCGACUCCUCUGACAACGAUGAAGGCAACCACUCGGACGCAGACUCCAUCACCACACAGAUGCCCCUCCGUCCCCCAACUGAUAUUCCCUCCUUCGGCCGCUUCAAGGGCAUCUCUUCCUCUACUGCCGCAGGUACUCCAAAGAGCACCACCAAUACCGCCUCAAGCAGCAGCGGCACAGGUAUCUGGGCAGCAGGCCACAUCCCCUCCUACUACGGCUUCUCUCCAUCCCCGGCGUAUACGCAGAUCCGCCAGCAACAUCCGUCUUCGAGCGCGUCCACCUCGGCAACCCCAACUCAAACCGCAGCAGCAGCCGCCGGCGCCGCAGCCCUGUCCCGCCGAGCCCAAGCCCACGCUCACGCUCACGCCGCAGCAUCUCGAGCCUCCGCCGCAAACUCAGACGGCGUCUCCCCGCUCUCCAGCGUGCGAUCCUCCACCAUAACCGUCACCGACGCCCGCCGCCGAACAGCUAACACCGUAUCCAGCAUCGGAUCCGAGCCGGGCUCCCCGACAGGCUCCCCGACGGAGGAAGGUUCCCCAACCCGCUUCGGCACCGUCGAGUGGCGUUGCGCUCCCGUCUUCGAUUCUGACGAGGAAGAAGACCAAGGCAGCAGCCACAACAACAAGACGGGAAGAAAGAAGAAGAAUGCCAAGCCCUAG